CAGGUUUCACUGCCUGAUCUCCUCAUCCGACGCCUCCCGUCUCGGUUCCCAUGAAGAGUCCCGGGACCGUACAGCGACGUGUGGGUUCGGCUCUCCGCCGCGUUCCGCUGCCGUUGCUGCUUCUAUCAGUUUGUCAGCUGUCCAGCCAGGCUCCAGGAGUUGUCCCGUUUGAGGAGGUCUGGAACCGCAGUUAUUGCCGGACCAUUGAGGUGCUGGUGGACGUUGUACGGGAGUAUCCGAGUCAGUCAGAGUACAUCUUCAAACCCUCCUGUGUCCCUCUCCUGCGGUGUGCUGGCUGCUGUGGGGAUGAGAAGCUUCGCUGUACAGCCCGAGAAAUGUACAACGUGACUAUACAGGUCAUUAAGUUAAAACCUUUGGAGCAUGUGACCAAACAGGAGGAGAUGAUCUUCACGGAACACAGCAGUUGUGAAUGCCGACCACGGCGGAAGCGAUUGAAAGGCGACAGAAGCAGCAAGAGGAAAGGCCACAGGAGGAGGACCAAGCUGGAAGAUGAGCCAGAACUCAACCAAUGCCCCAUCAUGAGGAGGAAACAGCCCCAGACAGCCUGAGAAGAGGAUGAUGGUGGCCACUGGACCCGGGGGGGCUGUGAUUAUUGUCUGAGCCAUGGAGUGAUGUUGAGAAGGAGUCUCAGUGUUAAUGAACAAUUGGUGAUGGAUACCUUGUGCUGCUAUGACAGAGAAAGGGAGGGGAUUAAACCUUGUCCUUUCUGAUGUGACUACACUUGGUGAACGGGAGUCCCUUCACUGAGAAGGUGGAAGGGGCUGGUGGCAGAGAAGUUGGACAGUAAGGACGGGUCCCUUUGACAACUUUCAACUCAUCCCAGAACUGCUUCCUUCUGCCAAACUGAAGUAUCUCUUCAUUGGAGAGAAUUGCUUAUCAUCAACAAUGCAAGUGUGCUGUAGAAAGCACAGGCAGCAUUCCCUAUAAGUAUUUAAAUUACAGUCAAACAUUCGAGUGCUGCAUUUGAAAAAGUUUGUGUCUGAGUCUGUUUUUAAAUUCCUAUCAAUUUUAAUUCCAAUGAAACAAUGAAGAUGACUUCUCCUUGUAGACUGCUCAGCAUGGUUUACAGACAGUGAUGCAUUUUGAACAGCACAGGACAAUUGCCUUUUGCCCAAUGGUGGAGGCACACUGAUAGCACAGCUGACCCGGGUUUGAUCCUGACCCCAGGCGCAGUCUGGUAAAUCUCUGUAUCUACACAGAUUUCCCCAGUUUCUCUGGUUUCUUCCCACAUCCCAAACAUGUGGGUUAUUACAUUAAAUGGUCACUGUAAAAUGUCCCUAGUGAUUGGAAUAUGGAGAGAAUAGUGUGAGUGAAGUGGGGGGCUUCUUGUUGGCAUAGAUUGGAUGGACUGAAGGGCCUGUUUCCAUACUAUACAGCUCUCUAUUAAUCAUUGUUUAACAUUAAUCAUUGUUUAACAGCAUGGUUCAAUCAGUCCCUGCCACCCAAUUGCACCCAUGUGACCAAUUAACCCGUAUGUUUGUGGGUAAACUGGAGAACUGGCAGGAAACCCAUGGGGUCAUGGGAAGAGCAUAUAAACUCCUUAUAAACAGCAGUGGGAAUUACUAGAGGAAGCUGAUGUAUGGUGGGACAGUGACUCAUUGGCCACUGUAUAUUGUAGAUGGGUGGCAGGAGAACCAAGACGGAGGUUGGUGGGCAUGUGUGAGGGAAUGGGCCUUAAAGAAAUAGGAUUGUUGUGAGAAACCAGCGUUGUCUAGAUGGACCAAAAAUCCACCCCCUGUGUCAGAAGGAAAUGUAGGUAGAGACAGGCUUAGCAUUCUAGUCUCCUCCUGAGUCGUAAGAAAAUAUGAGAAACGUGAGGAGCCAGGAGACAGUCUAUAUCAUUCCAAACACUUAAUCCAGGCUGGUGUGUAGUGAUCCCUGCUGUUGUUUGGUUCUGCAAAACAGUGUAACACCUGCCAUCCAUUCAGUCUUUGUUUCCUGCUCUAACCAGCAUGAAGGAAUUUCCAAGCUAAUGGACAUAGUACCUAUCAGAUUUGCUUGUGUUUUAUGAAUAUGUAGACUGAAUCCAGUCCUGCAUGUACUUGUGCGGCAAUGUUUGAUCUUUCUUUACUGACUGUAUCUCAUUCCUGUUCAAACCACAGCACACAGUCAGGAAUCAUACAUUCAGAUCUAGGUCUAGAUCGGAAUGCAACAAUAACCUGCAUUGAAGAGGACAUGAUAUCACAAAGCAUUUUAUAGGACUGUUUCCAAACAAGGUUUGAGGCCAAAAGAGACAACAGGAUACAAGACUAACAGUAUUAACCAGAACAUUGGAGGAAGAUGGGCAGCUGAGCUGAUGUGGUACAGGUGUACAAGAUGAAGAUUAAAAAUGAGAUCUGGGACCAUGGCAGAAUUUAAAAAGGAGGGUGAAAAUCUUAAAAGUCAAAUUGCUGUUUAACCAGGAUCUCAUAAUGUUAUCAAGUAGAUGGGUGAUGGUUGAGCAGUACUGAUGUACAAGGUUGGCCGGAAUAAUGAAUAUAGAACAUAUGUUACAGGCCCUUUGGCCCAUGAUGUUGUGGCAACCUUUUAAACUACUAAAAAAAACAAUCUAACCCUUCCCUCCAUUUUAUUUUCAUCAAUGUGCGUAUCUAAGAAUCUUCAAAAUGUUCCUGAUGGAUCUCCCUCUACCACCAGUCUGUGUUAAAAAACACAAAAAAACCUCCCUCUUAUGUUCCCAACCCACCCCCAUACUUUCCUCCAAUCACUUCAAAAUUACACCUGCUCGUAUUACUCAUCUCCACCCAGAAACAAUCUCUGGCAGCAAAUAUGACAAAUGUAUUUAUAAUAAUCCAACACGCAUAUCGAAGUACAAGUGCUGUAAACCUGUGGCACUUUAUAGAGACACUGCAAGGAAGCUGAUAUUGUAAGGAGGGAUGGGGGAAGUGCAUUUGUUAGUGAUAUAGGAGUUUUGAACUGGAACUCCAUAACUAACCUUCUCUGCCUCUCCCUCAUCAUUAAAACCUACUCUUUAACCAACCUCCUAAUCUGGCUCAGUAUUGAACCUCAUUAGAAGCAACUUUGGGUUAAUUUUAAAGUUUCUUAAAGUAGGGAUUGCACAGUGGAGCAGCAGUUAAUGACCUCCAGUGCUGUCUAUGUGAAGUUUGUAUUUUCUCCCUGUGAAUAGAACAUAGCCUCUUCUUCCCUUGGUCCACUCUCCUCUCCUAUCAGAUUCCUUCUUUUCCAGCCCUUUGCCUUUCCCACAGACCUGGCUUCACCUUCUAGCUCGCCUCCUUUCCCUCCCCCCACCACCUUUUUAUUUUGGCAUCUACCCCUUUCCUUUCCCACCCUGAUUAAAUAUUUUCGCCUUUAGUGUCAACAAUUUAUUAAUUUCCACAGAUGCUACCUUACGUGCUACAUUCCUCCAGUGUUGUGUGUGUGUUGCUCUGGAUUUGAAGCAUCUGCAGAAUUCCUUGUGUUUAUAGAACAUUACAGCUCAGUACAGGCAUGUUGGCCCACAAUGCUGUGCAAAUCUUUUAACCCAUUCUGAAAUAAGUUUAACUCUUUUAUCCCACAUAGCCCCCCAUUUUUCUAUCAUUCAUGUGACUAUCUAACAGUUUCUUAAAUGCCCCUAAUGUAUCUACCUCUACAACCAACCCCAGCAGUGUGUUCCAUGUACCCACCACUCCCUGGUUUUCUGGUUUACUCCCACAUCCCAAAGGUAUGCAGUUUGGCUAGUUACUCUGCUGUAAGUUACACCUAGUGUAGGUGGAUGGUGAAGGAAUUGAUCAGCAUGUGAAAGACAGGGUAACGGAAUGAGGAAUGGGGCUGAGAGGAUUUGCUGUGACAGCUGUCAUUGACUCAAUGCGCCAGGUGGCCUCUAGGUUGAGGAAUUUUGAAAAUGUGAGAAAUAAAAUCGGAACCAAUCAGAGUUGUGGGAUCUGACUGGAAAUAAGGGCCAUGCCUACCUAUAUAAUGUUGAGUUGCAAACAAUAUGCUGGAGGAACUCGAGACUUCAGCAACUACUGUUGGGGGAAAGUAAUCAUCAAUGUUUCAGCUUGAAAUUUCUGGCCCAAAAUGAGCUCCAACAUGUUACUUGUUGCUCCAGAUUCCAGCAUCUGCAGUCUCUCGUGUCUUGUGUGGAAUAUUCAGUUGCUUAUCCUGUUCAGACAAAAAGGCAAGACACUGCAAAAUGUACCAGAGGGGCAAGCCUUGAUUUCCGUUUUAACCCUUUAAACCCACCACACACAUCUCACACAAGAAACCUUGUGACUGCAAAUCACUAAACUGCACAUAAAAUAUCGGAGAACUAGGCCUUUCAGCCCAUUGAUUCUGCUUUGCCAUUUGAUUGUGGCUGAUUUAUUUUCCCUCUCAGUCCCAUUCUCAUGCCUUCUCUCUGUUACUUUUGACCCCCUUACUAAUUAUGUAUCAGCCUCUGUUUUAAGUAUACUCAAUGACUUGCCCUCCAGAGAUGGCUCUGGAAAUAAAUUCCACAGAUUCACCAUUCUCUGGCAAAAGAAUUUCCUUCUCAUCCUUGUUCUAAAGGGACAUCCUGACAUGCUGGAAAUUUAAACAAAAUCAGAAAUCAGCUGGAAAUGUUAAUUCUGUUUCUUUCUUCACAAAUGCUACCUGGCCUGUUGAGUCUUUCUGCCAUUUUCUGUUUCAAUACUAGUGGUGAUGUUCACAUACAAAAUUGACAUUUAGUUUAUUUUAUGUUGACUGCCUUACUUAGUUGAAAUUAAGGCAUCUCAUUAAUAAUUGAAAAGUUCUCCCUAACAACUAACAUUACCUGGUAGACCUACUCCCCCUUUUAAGAGGAGUGCAGUUCUAUAGAUAUUAGCUGUCCACUAUUUAACUUAACUAGAGUCAACUGGGGACUUGAUUUAUAUAUAUAUAUACACAAUAUCGUGUAUGGAGCAGGACGCAGUUUAGCUGUGAUAUUCAGUUCAUUGACCCGAAUCAGGUUUAUUAUCAUGACAUAUGUUGUUUUGCAGCAGGCAGCAGUACAGAAUAAUAAAAACCAUAAAUUAUAUCAAAUAAGUUAUAUCAAUAAUUAUAUCAAAUAUCAAAUAAGUAGUGCAAAAAACAGAGGGAAAAAAUACUCAGGAAGUGUUCAUGGGUUCAUUGUCUGUCUGAUGGUGGACGGGAAAGAAGCUGUUUCUGAAACAUUGAGCGUGAGUCUUCAGGCUCCUGUACCUCCUCCUUGAUGGUAGCAAUGAGAAGCGGGCAUGUGCUGGGUGAUGGGGGUCCUUAAUGAUGGAUACCACCUUUUUGAGGCAUCACCUUUUGGAUGCUGGGAGGCCAGUACCCAUGGUGGAGCUGUCUGAGUUUACAACUUUCUGCAGCUUUUUCUGAUCCUGUGCAGUGGCCCCUCCACACCAGACUGUGGUGCAACCAGUUCGCAUGCUCUCCACAGUACAUCUGCAGAGACUUGAGGGUUAAUACUGCUUGGGUUGAUACGGAGUCAGUUGAACUGGCUAAGAAGAGCUUAUACACACAAAAUGCCAUGUCCUUGGAAAACUGGUCUCUUGAUUCUAGACCCAGAUACAAGCUUAUUAUAGAAUAUUGUGAAUCAUUAUUUUUACUGGAAAAGAAAUUAGAGGUUAAAAUGUACCAAUGCUUAUUACCCUGCAAAAUUAAAACGUGUUAUUUGAAUAA